GAGACUCACUCUCAUAGUAAAGCGGAGGCGGACUUCAACUGCGCCGACGAGCCGUACGUUAGUUACUACCGAGUGGGUCAGUGAUACAUAUUUACAUUACCAGGAUCAAAACAUACACUUUUGGGAAGUUUUUUUUUUAUCGUGGGCUUGAACUCUGGUACGACUGAAAACCUACUAACAUGAAGCGGUUCAAUGGAUUACAAGGUGGUUUUUCACGCUUUCUAAAGUGACAUGGAAAUUCGCCUCCGUGGACUGUUUUGACUUGUAACGUUCACAUUCGUCCAGUUCUCCGCGGUAGGAUUGUCCAGGUUUAGCGCUCCGAACAUGGAGGCGCCUUCCAGCUUUCAGCCCCAUCCAGGACUUCAACAAACUCUGAAGCAGUUUCACCUGAGCUCCAUGAGCUCGCUCGGGGGACCGGCAGCCUUCUCGGCACGGUGGCAGCAGGACAUGCUGUUCAAAAAGGACGGCAAAAGCGCGGAGAUGAUCGUGAACCUCCCGGCGCAGACGCCUCCGGUCAUGCCGGGUCCCCUGUUCAUCCCGCCCGACCGCUCCACCGAGAGGUGCGAGACGGUCCUGGAGCGAGAGACCAUUUCGUGUUUCGUGGUGGGCGGCGAGAAGCGCCUCUGCCUGCCGCAGAUCCUCAACAGCGUCCUGCGAGACUUUUCCCUACAGCAGAUCAACUCGGUGUGCGACGAACUGCACAUCUACUGCUCCCGGUGCACGGCCGAUCAGCUCGAGAUCCUCAAAGUUAUGGGCAUCCUGCCCUUCUCGGCACCCUCGUGUGGACUCAUCACCCAAACAGACGCCGAACGGCUCUGCAAUGCCCUCAUCUACGGCGGUACGUUUCCCCCGCACUCCGACAAAGAGUUACCGUGUCCCGUAGAGCUGGAGAGGACGGAGAAAAGCUUCAAAGUUUACCACGAAUGCUUUGGGAAGUGCAAGGGACUGUUCGUGCCAGAGCUUUACACGAACCCCAACUCGCCGUGCAUACAGUGCUUAGACUGCAGACUGAUGUUCCCGACCCAUAAAUUCGUGGUUCACAGUCAUAAAAGUCUAGAGAACAGAACCUGUCACUGGGGCUUCGACUCGUCUAACUGGAGGGCUUAUGUUCUGUUGGAUCAGGACUAUACUGAGAAAGAGGAGAUCGGAGCACUGCAGCAGCUCCUCAAAGAAUUAAAAGGAAAAUUUGAGCUGGGGAACAAGCACAAGACAUCUUACAAGGGGUACAGUGCCACUCCUUCCAAAAAGUCCAAACAUGACCGCUCAAGAUCCCCAUCGGUUGAUAGAGAGAAGCAAGCUGAUUGGCUGCAGUCUCUGGCUGCGUCUGCAAAUAAGGAUCUUAAGCAACUCCAGUUUAAGCAGAGACUUUCGGCCUUCAGACCUUGGUCGCCCAGAGUUUCUUCUGAGAAAGAAGCACUCGGACACCAGUAUGGAAGAUCACCAGCUAAAGGACAAGACAGCCCGGUGGUACCAAAUGUAUCUCUCCCCAUCACCCCAUUUAAAAAUAAUGAGCAGCUGUUGCACCGUUUCACUCACCCUUCUGAGAACAACAACACAAGCAAGAUGGAGAGCUCAAGGCCAAGAAAGAGGUGGCUAUCUGCAGACAGACAAACACAGCCGUUGACCAAAGUUUCUCCACCUACAUCGGCUGUCAGACAGCAGCCUCAGGAGAAUGAAAACUCGGACGCAGAAAUCGAGGUCGACAGGUGUGAUGAAGCUCCUCCAUCUCGUCCCUUAAUGACCCCUCCCUACACCAAUGGAACAGGGGUUCUAAACCUUAGCUCACACAGCCCUGCUGAGGUGCGUGCUGGGAAGGUGGGACAUGUGACAUCCCCUUGCUCUGAGCUGGAAGCCUUGAAGCAGACCCUGAACAGUGACCUGAGCUCUAAAGAGGCCAGAGAGAGGUUCCUGCAGGAUAUCAUUCGCAUGAGAAUGAAGCAAGAGGAAAAACUAGCCAGCGCCGUGCAAGCCAAACGCAGCCUCCAGCAGGAGCUGGAGUUUGUCAGGGUGACCAAGAAGGGCAGGCUGAGAGAGGCCAUCGAGGCAAAGCGAAACCUGAGGAAAGAGAUUGAACGCCUCCAUGUGGAGUGUGAGAAGAAGGUGCGAGACGCCAAUGAGUAUUGCGGCAGACUAAAGAGAGAGCUGGACAGAGAGAGGCAGACCCGCGUAUGCGAUAAGAGCUGUGAGGCAGGACGUCUGAGGGCCAAAUAUUCCUCCCAGAUCGAAGACCUGCAGGUGAAGCUCCAGCAAGCAGAAGUGGACCGUGAGCAGCUGAGAGAAGAUCUGCUGAAAGAGCGAGAGGCCAGACAGAGCCUGGAGAGGGUUGUCAAAGAACUUCAGGAACAGCUGGGCCACAAAGCAGAGAUGGAGGAACACACCAUCCCAAAGUCUCAAACGCAUAAGAACGAGAAAAAAGACAUGAGGGAUGAUGUUUCCUAAACGGUACAGUGAGCAGUGUAUGGAUACAGAUGAAGACUUUUAUUUGAGGACUAUUAGAGGACCCCACUUAAGCCAACCUGUUCAAGAAAAUUGUACGGGAGCAUAGGAGAAUGAUACUGACAAACAAACAUAUUACAUUGUACGUUUACCAAUGGAAACUCUAAUAGAAAAACAUUUAUUAACUCCGAAAGAGUUACUGGAGAGACGUUUUGGUGUCGAAAUGAGAGGAGGAAGUUCAGAGAUGGAACUGUGGAACUGACUCGCCUUCGGUUAGCUUUUUAAGCUAAUCGAGGGAAUUUAUUUUGUUAUAAGCUAUUUAAUUUUUUUGUAAAGAUACUUGAAAAUAUUUGGGAAACAAACUUUUUAAUCACCUUGUGUUGACGGUAGCAGAUGAAAAAUCUGCUAGUUUCACUAAUAUACGGCAGAUUUGAAAGUGUUAGAAACCAGAUUUAUAAUGGACACUACACAGCGUUAUCAUUACAAUCUUACAAUUACUUUAGUUUUCUGUUUAUUUUUUGUUGUCGUAUUGAAAUAGUUUGCAUGAGCAACAGUGCUGUGGUGCAAAUCUUUCUUAUACUGUAAACCUACAUUCAAAUUAGCUUUUGAUCUUUGUAUUUUUCAUUACCGUGUUUUUAAACCUCAUAGUAUUGGCAACGAUCAAUAUAAACCCAGCUCUCUGUCCUAAACUUUUAUGCAAGUAUUACUUCACACCUUAUUUACCAGCUUCCGAUGUAUUAAGCAGUCAAAAUGAAUAUUAAAGCAUAGGACAUGACAAAUAUGUUGUUAUCAGCAUGUGUACUCCAUGCUCAGUUUAAUUUGCUUUAAAUGAAUGUUUUUGCGGAGUACAUCAGAAUUAGUGAACGCUCAUGUGACCAACAUCCAAGUCACUGGUUUUAGGGCUUAUUAAAGAAAAAUGCUGUUGAUGAAAAUAACAUUUCUACUUAUAUAAUUAAAUAAGGAUAUAUAUUUUUUUACUUUCUACCAAAAAGAAUUGCACUUUUAAGAUAAGAUAAUUGUACUGUGUAUUUGAAGCCCUCUAAUGUUUUUAAGAUUUCCGACACUAAGUAUUGAAUAAGUUUUCAUGUAUUUGUUACAGAUGUGAAUACCACUUAAACAUAAAAAAUGUACACAAUGGAGCUUGCUUUGCGCUCUAAAUGCUUUUGCUCCAAACCAAUAGACUGUACGUAUCAAAUAAUGAAUUUCUCCUAUCAUAUUUUCAGCUAGAGGGCAUUUACUGUAUAAAAGUGUAUUAUUAAACAAAAUCUUAAAUCAUUAUAUUUCUGAAUAAUUUCAGUCCCUUCGGGAAUUACUUUAUACAAUUACCAAAGUUUCACAUUCUGUGAUUUCGGGUGUAUAAUUCCAGAUAUGUGACUGAUGAGCUGAAUAUUGGAUGAACAUAUCUUUUAUCUCCAUUACACCCGUCUUGAAUAAAAACCUGCAGUUCUACAUAUCCUAACCUCUCCAUCGCUGUAUUUAUUCUGGGUGAAUUUUGGCUUCCCCAAUUUAUAUAAAGAAAUCUGUAUGCUUGCCUAUGUCAGUUUUUAACCUCUGAUGUUUUAUUGUUUCACAAUAGAUAUAUGCAUUGUUGUCAGGGUCUUGUCAUAGUUUUGGUUUUGAUGUGGGUCAUUUUCUAAACUUGUUUUAAUGUCCCCCCACAUAUAAUAACAACAAUAAACAGAAUCAACCAUU